UUCUUUUUCUUUGUUUAAAUGUUGACCAGAGGAAUGAAAACAGAGGAUUCAUGUAAUGUGAUGGCAAACAUAUUUUCUGCAGUGUUUGCUGUUGCGAAUCAUAUUCCCAGUGUUCCUACCUAAAAGAAGUCGCACUUUGGGUUGACAAGGCAAUGUAGACGGUCCACUUACGGCAUUCGUUAUUAGCCACAAACGAUAACUGGCUCUGUAUGGUUAUGGAGUCACUGUCCUUGUGGUAGAUAUUUAUAUAACCACCUUGCAAGGUUAAAUGGUUCUGGGUGACUAUGAAGUAGUGCCGUGAGGUCUUGGGUGAUCAAUAGUGAAGUGGUGCCAUAUGGUCCUGGGUGACCGAUAGCGAAAUAAUCCUUGGUGACACAGAGUGAAGUAGGGGUGUGAAGGAAGGGUGAAGAUACACCAUCGAGAAGUGAAAUAGAAUAUGAAACUGUAAGCUCUCAAACAAUGAGGAGCCAGGGGCUCUGAUUGCGUGUUUGUUGAAGAAUGAGCCAACGACUCAUCAACAGCGGCUUGGUUAAGGGAAUCCACCGGAGCUGUAGCAAAAGCGAGCCGGAUGGAUGCAAAUUUUGGUUUAUACAUUGAUGACAUCAAGUCAAGUCAAGAAACAAAGUCUCAUCUAUAAACACCAUUUUCCACCGAUUUCUUUAAUAGUGCAAGGGCAACCUAAAAGACCAAGAAUAUCUCAAGUCAAGUUCCAUGCAACUUUCAAUGUCAUUCCAGGAGACCCCCCCGUUCACUCCUUGUUAAACGAAACAUGAAACUCACGAACCUUCAUCCCAAACACGAUGUUGCAAACACUAAAAUCUCCAUGUUUUCUUUCCUUGCUAAUUCUCACCUUCUUAGUAUUUGUUCCCAUUGCAAAUUCGAAAACCCAGAAUUUCUUGCCAAAAGGCUCCUCUUUGUCAGUUGAAGAUGAAUCAGACCUCCUAAUCUCACCAGAUAAAACAUUCACCUGUGGCUUCUAUGGGCUGGGAGAAAAUGCUUACUGGUUCGCUAUCUGGUUCACCAAUUCUAAGGACAGAACCGUUGUUUGGGUGGUGGCCAACAGAGACAAGCCUGUGAAUGCCAAGGGCUCCAGAGUUUCUCUUGGCGUAAAUGGUGCCAGGGUGCUGACUGAUUUUGGUGGCCUUUUGACAUGGGAGACCAACACCACUCACACUGAUGCAAGAAGAGCAGAGCUUUUGGAUACUGGAAACCUUGUUCUCAAAGACCCAAAUGGUAAAAUACUAUGGCAAAGCUUUGAUUUUCCCACUGAUACUCUUCUUCCUUACCAAUAUCUUACAAAGAACAAGAAGCUGAUAUCUAGUUUGAAAAAUUUGACUUUUCAUUCUGGGUAUUUUAGCUUGCUCUUUGAUAAUGAUAAUGUCUUGAAAAUGAUCUAUGAUGGGCCAGAAAUUUCAAGCUUGUACUGGCCUGCUCCUUAUAAGAGUGUGUUUGAAAAUGGCAGAUUUGGUUAUAAUAGUUCCAGAAUGGCUUUAUUUGAUGAAAUGGGUACUUUUACAUCAAGUGAUGAGUUGAAAUUCAGUGCUUCUGAUGUGGGACUUGGGAUUAAAAGAAGGCUAACAUUGGAUUAUGAUGGGAACCUUAGAGUUUAUAGCCUGAACAAUUUGACGGGGAAGUGGGGGAUUUCAUGGCAAGCUCUUAGUCAAGGAUGUCAUGUGCAUGGGAUAUGUGGAAGAAAUGCAAUUUGUGUAUAUACUCCAGAUCUCAAGUGCUCAUGUCCACCUGGGUAUGAGGUAGCUGAUCCAAGUGACUGGGACAAAGGUUGCAAGGCAACGUUUAACCAAACCUGUCCGCAGUCCCAAAAAGAGAAGUUCGUGCGACUUCCGCAGGUAGAUUACUAUGGAUAUGAUCUCAAUUAUACUCCAAAAAGCUCAAUUGAUCAUUGUAAGGAACUCUGCUUGGGGGAUUGUAGGUGUGUCGCGUUCAGCUAUAGAAUAACAGAAGGAGUCUGUUUCACAAAAAAUGCACUUUUCAAUGGCUUCCGGUCUCCAAACUUUCAAGGCAGCAUAUACUUAAGAAUGCCAGAGAGUGUAGAAACAUCAGAGUCCAACGUUCUUAAUGGAACCAGUCCAAAAUGCCGGCCGGGCGAGGCUAAAAUAGAAGUGGGAUCCCCAGACAUGUACAGUAGUAGUACUGGCAGAAGCAUGAGAUGGAAUUAUCUGUACUCGUUUGCUGCUGUUCUUGGCGGAAUUGAAAUUCUUUUUGUAAUAGUAGGCUUUUGGCUCCUCUUUGGAAGAGGACAUGGCUUGCCUGUUUUCGGGGAAGAUGGAUACAAACUCAUGUCAAGUCAAUUCAGGAAGUUUUGCUAUGCAGAGCUUAAGAAGGCAACAAAUAAUUUCAAGGAAGAGCUUGGAAGAGGCGCUUCUGGGGCGGUAUACAAGGGUAUUCUGGCAGACGAAAGAGUUGUGGCGGUUAAGAGACUCGAAGAUCCAUAUCAAGGGGUGGAUGUUUUUUGGGCAGAAGUGAGCAUAAUUGCAAGUAUCUUCCACAUGAACCUGGUGAGGAUGUGGGGAUUUUGUUCAGAGGGCAGACACAGACUCCUAGUUUAUGAGUAUGUGGAACAUCUCUCACUGGACAAACAUUUAUUUCCCCCGAAUUUUCUCGGUUGGAAAGAGCGGUUUAAAGUCGCCUUCGGAACGGCCAAGGGAUUGGCCUAUCUUCACCAUGAAUGUCUAGAGUGGGUUAUACAUUGUGAUGUGAAGCCUGAAAAUAUUCUUUUGGGUAAUGACUUUGAACCCAAGAUUGCAGACUUUGGGUUAGCUAAGUUAUCUCAAAGAGCCGGCAACAAAUCUGAAUUCUCUCAGAUUAGAGGAACAAAAGGCUAUAUCGCUCCGGAUUGGGCUCUUAACCUAUCCAUCACUGCAAAAGUAGAUGUUUAUAGUUAUGGAGUUGUGAUUCUAGAGAUGGUGAAGGGAAUCCGGCUUUCGAGUUGGGUGGUCAUAGAAGAGGCUGAUGAGCAAGAAACAGAGCUGACAAGAUUUGUGAGGGUAGUAGGAAGAAAAAUAGAGUGCGGAGAGAACUCAUGGAUGGAGGAUGCUGUGGAUACAAGGCUGAAUGGGCAGUACAACAGGAACCAAGUAAGAAAGAUGGUUGAACUUGGUAUAGCUUGUGUGCAGGAAGAUAGAAACAAGAGGCCAACAAUGGAUUUUGUAGUCCAAGCUUUAUCAGAAUGUGAAGAUGAAGAAGGCAAUUCUUUAAGCAAGAGCUAGUCUACUUAAAACUUUGAUGUAUUUUCUUUGCAUCAAUUUUCAGCUGUGAGAAUAAUUUUGUAAUCAUUGUUAGUGAUAUCUAUAGUCAUAAGUGUAUUCUGACUGGGUUACUGGAAAGAGAGCUGGUAGAAUAGUGGAGAAUUUAGUA